AGUUGGAUUUCGUCUGCAAUUAAGAUCACUUCCUAAAUUCCUCAAUCUCCCUCGUGGUGUGAUGAUCCUCCAAUGAUCAUUGUGUGAUCGUCCACGCGUGUGAUCACCCGCCGAGCGAUCGCUGAUCAUUCAAAAGACGGGGGUAGUUUAAAAAAAACGGAAAAGUCCUUUAAAAAAAAUUUCAAAUUAACUGCAUUUUAUCAAUUUUAAAAGUUUUUUAAAAGGUAUUUAAAAAAAAAAGUGUUUGAGUGAGAAAACUAGAUGGGAAAGUAAUAAAAUUAAAAUUUCCCUGAAAAAUGUGCUGCAUAUUUAGAAGUUUUUCAAUGAGGAACGUGGUUCAAGAGUGAAAACUGUAAAACGAUUUCUUUCUUUAGGUUAAAAAUAGCCAAGAGAUAUUUUCAGAGAGCUAAACACAAGACAUUCAGUGCGGGGUGUACAUUUGAGAUCAAAUUCAAUUCUCACAGACUCUCAAGACACGAGAAAAGUUUUUUUUUCUUGUCUUCAUUUUCUGGAAAAUUUCUUUAAUUUUUCUUUGUGGAAAAAAUUCAGCAAAAAAAAUUCUUUUUGGCUUUAAAAGUGAUGAUUUUUGGUUAAAUUGAGUGAUUGAGAAAUCUCGCGCAAGACAUGCCACCAACCGUGAUCUCUCAGCUCUCACCGAGUAUUGCGAAUAAUGGGAAUUUCUCCAAGAUGCCCUACACAACACCCUCGCAGGCCACAUCAAUGCCCUCCUACAUAAACUCCUAUCAAUCCACCUCAGGUGCAUCAUAUCAGGCACCCCAUCAUUGGUACUACCUCUCUGUGGAUGCAACAGAACCACCACCAGCCUACAUGCAAUCUUCUGUAUCGCCUCUGUGGAAUGCCUACAUUACACCAAGCUAUUCCAGCAGCCAUCAACCUGAAUCCCCGCCAGCACCAACUUAUGAGCAAAUCCUUGAGCUCACCGAUGCCAUUGAGAGUCUCACCAUCACCAAGGGAUUCGUCGAUACAAAGAAACCCCCAAAACAGCCACCACCCAGCUAUUUGUGUCAUUUAUGCUUCAUGAAGGGCCACUACAUACGUGACUGUCCGCAGGCACGCCCAAAGGCUGAAGGAAAGACACCAUAUCAGGGCAAGAAGAGAUGCUUCGGGGAGUACAAAUGCCCCAAAUGCAAGAGGAAGUGGAUGUCGGGGAAUUCAUGGGCUAAUAUGGGUCAGGAGUGCAUCAAAUGCCACGUCAAUGUGUACCCACAUAAGCAGAGACCCCUUGAGAAGCCUGAUGGGCUGGAUGUGUCGGAUCAAUCAAAAGUCCAUCCACAGAUGCUAUGUGAGAAAUGCAGAACUCUCGGAUUCUACUGUCGUAAGAAAAAUUGCUUUUCCGGUGGAUGCUAAAUAAUGCAAAAAAAAGGAAUUUUGCAGCAAAAUUUUUUUUUAAAGAAAUAAUCCCAAAAAUCUGACUGAAAUUCUGAAGGAAAAUAAUUAAUAAAUUAAAUUAAAAUUGUACCCCUGAACAAAAAAAAACACAAUUUAUAGGACGUAAGGAUUCUUUUUUCUCUCUUUAUUCUGUAAUGUUUUGUAAGACAAAUUAAUUAAAACAUUUCUUCAGCAUUUUUUAAUGAAA